UUCUCGACCAAUCAUAUAUCAGUAUGUCAAGGAUUUGAUCCAUCUAAAUCGGGUGCUGCAGUCUGGUCAUCGUUACGGGAAACGGGAGACUUGCCGUUGGAAGAUGAUGAAUGUGCUCCUGGUUCUACGGAGCUGGCUGUAGGAGUUUGUCAGCGGUUCAUUGUUCCCUCCAAGAAGUCAAGGGUAGUGGAGUUUGCUCUAGCUUGGGACAUGCCCAAUGUGCUGUUUGGUGCAUCGAGAAGGUGGUAUAAAAGGCGUUAUACGAGAUUCGUAAGAGGAGCUUCCUGUCUCUGUGCCCGAGCCUUGGGACGACGGCCCCAGUGGGAGAAAGCGCUGGAUGAUUGGCAAAUGCCCAUUUUGAAAAACCCAAAUCUCCCCGAAUGGUACAAAUCGGCGAUCUUCAACGAGCUAUACUUUAUGACUGAUGGAGGGUCGCUCUGGUUUGAAUAUGAUAAAGACUGGGCGAAGAAUGAGACCCAGCUUAGCGAUUAUACGAAAAACCUCAUGAUACAGUAUGGUAGAUUUGGAUAUUUGGAAUCAUGGGAAUAUCGUAUGGUGAAUACUUAUGAUGUACAUUUUUAUGCAUCUUAUGCAAUAGCACAAUUAUGGCCUUAUAUGGAGCUAACAGUGCAAGCCGAAUUUAGUGAGUUUGCCAGAUAUUAAAU